UCCUUUCCUUCUACGGCCCCCUCCCUUUUAUAGUAGUAGUAGGAGACAGGGAAAAAAAUAGUAGCCAAAAAUUCGCAAAUCCUAAUCACGAUCGAUCGUCUCUGCUCUUCGAUACGAGACGUUCGAUCCGAUCCUCCGCUCCGAUCGCCUCCGGCCGGAGGUUUUUGAAAGAAUCUAGGGUUCUUGGACGGAUACACGAUGGCGCGGGAGGCGUGGGCUCCGGCAUUGGAUGUCCAGGACGCGGCGAAGAAGAAGGCGGCGUCGUCGACGAGGAGCUGGAUCCUGUUGGACUCCACUGGGAAGGAGAAGAUCCUGGACGUGGACAAGUAUGCCAUCAUGCACCGUGUCCAGAUCGACGCCCGGGAUCUCAGGAUCAUCGAUCCCCUGCUUUCCUAUCCCUCCGCCAUCUUGGUACGGGAGAGGGCCAUUGUUCUCAAUCUCGAGCACAUUAAAGCGAUAAUUACCGCAGAAGAGGUGUUGCUCAGAGAUCCUUACAAUGAGAAUGUGAUUCCGAUAGUGGAGGAGCUUCGCAGACGACUAAUACAAGGUGAAAAGAGCGGACAGAAUGAGAUCGAAGCUGCUGAAGAAGAUGAAUCUCCGUUUGAGUUUCGGUCCCUUGAAGUUGUUUUAGAAGCAACAUGCAGCUUUCUUGAUGCGCGCACAACAGAACUGGAAUCUGCUGCAUACCCAGCAUUAGAUGAGCUGACCACCAAGAUUAGCAGCUGUAACUUGGACAGGGUGCGCAAGCUUAAGAGUGCCAUGACAAGGUUGACCGCUCGUGUACAAAAGGUCCAGGAUGAACUUGAACAGUUACUGGAUGAUGACAACGACAUGGCAAAUCUUUACUUGUCAAGAAAGAUGGCUGGAGCAUCCUCCCCUAACAGCAACUCUGGUGUGCCUAACUGGUUACCUGCUUCACCAACAAUAUGUUCAAAAAUAUCUAGAGCAAGCAGAGCAAGUGCAGCAACAUUUCAUGGAAAUGAGAGUGAUGUAGAGGAGCUUGAGAUGUUACUUGAGGCUUACUUUAGGCAAAUCGAGAGCGCCCUGAACAAAUUGACCACGCUGCGGGAAUACAUCGAUGACACAGAGGACUACAUCAAUUUUCAGCUUGACAAUCACCGAAAUCAGUUAAUUCAGUUAGAGCUUUUCUUGAGUGCUGCAAAUGUUGUCCUCACUUUAUACUCUCUAGUUGCUGGGAUUUUUGGCAUGAAUAUCCCAUAUUCAUGGAAUGAAAACCAUGGUUACUUGUUCAAAUGGGUGGUUGGUAUAGCAGGACUUGUGUCUGCAUUGCUAUUCAUUUUUAUUGUUUCUUAUGCUCGCUGUGGAGGUCUGAUUUGGUCCUAAAGAGGACUUAUGAGAGGUCAAAUAUUCCUAAUAAUUUGCCACUCCACAUUGUAGGAAUCUCGCAUAAAAUAGUUGAAGAGCCGACGUGGAACUUCUCUGUAAAAUCACGUCAAGAGGGAAGCUCUUGGAUACAGAGCGACGUGGUGCAAAGUGCAUGCAAUUAACUUUCGCCCAAGCAUGCCAAUAUUUAGCAACAUUUAAAGAAGAAGAUUGGCCUUUAGACUUACAUAACAUUAUUCCAUCCCCUUUUUGAUUCACAGAAGGAUGACUGACGAAAAUAUGCCACAAAUUCAGCCAAAAUCUGGCUUGGUUGUGAAAUAGAUAGCUAGAAAUAAUGAUCUCAUUGCAACCCUGUCACUUUUCGUCCAUCAUGUUUGCGGUUUUCACUGAAGUUAUUAAAUUAUGCAUGGAGUCACCGAGC